AGAGCGAUAGGGGACGUGCAUGAACGCUCCAAAUCCUGAGGUCCUUACACAUCCAGGAGGGAAAAUAAGAGAGUUAUUCUAAUGAUGACUUUCUAAGUUGGGAUGUUUUCUUGCAUCAAGUGUUCUUCCUCUUCAUACCCAGGCAAUGGGUGUUAGGGGUCUGUGGUGUUAACGUUGCCAAGGUUUCAUUUGGCGAGGUGGGUCUUUAAAAGUAAUUUGCAACUCUUGAACUGCAAUAACGUUCUCCCUGUUGGCAGGAAACUAUUUCCUCUCUUGUCUGGAAGUUCGACAGGAAUUCUUGUGUCAACAAGAUAGGUAGUAGCUCUUUAGGACUGGCUAACCUACUGACACUGACACAAGAUAGCUUUCACUAUCUAUUAACCAUACUUAAACUGAGUUAUGACAGAACACAAGAUUCGCCUUUUAAGUUAUUCUCUCUUCACUAUUACAAAGUUGUUUUAUAUACACAGGCUGAAUGAGAAACAGGCAUCAACCAAAUGGUAGAUUAAUUCCCUGAUGAAGACACUUAAAGGGAAGAAUACCUGCAGGAUCUAUCAGUGAAAUGAUGGACUGUGGAGUUGUAAGGCCUAGGCAAUGGAUUAAGUUAUGUGUUUUUGACAGCUGUGGAGGUCUUUUACAUGUGUGUGUGUGUGUGUGUGUUUCUGUGUGUGUUUGGAGGAAGGCGAUAGGCAGACUGGGGUGAAGAAGGCAACUCUGUCCCUUCUCUGAGCUGAGAACAGCAGCCCAGCAGGGCGGAGGUAUGGCUCUGUCUGCCUCACUGUUCAACAUUCUCACACAGAGAGAGAGAGAGAGAGAGAGACAAAGCAAGAGAGAGAGAGACAGAGUCAGAAACCGCUCGUGGAUGUGUGUGGAUGUGUGUGUGUGGAUGUGUGUGUGUGCUAGUGUGUGUGAGCUGCUGGAUUCGGGAGAGCUGAGUGAGUGUGUUGAGGUGAGUGUGUGUGGCCUUUGUGUUUUCAAAUCCUUUCUCUGACUUUCUUCCCCGUCUUGCACCCGGUUCUUUCAGGGGCGUCUGUGAAUGUGCUGCCAUAAAACAUCAAAGCUACAGACUCUCAGCUAACUGCUCGGAUCAACUCUUACUUUUGGAAAAUGAUCUCCCUGCCUCCAAGCUCCUCUCUUUCAAGAAGGGAAAGAGAGGUUCCUUCAAAGUAAAGCCUUAAAAAAGAAAGAGCAAUUCCUGUUGCCUCUGUCUCUCUGUCUCUCUCUCAUCUUUGGGGAAUAUGAACAUCUGGGUUUAGGAGUGCAGAGGAGCGAUAGAGAAGUAGAACCCUUGGAACCACACCGAUUCCUUCCAUUCUGAGUGUGUGCAGAUGGCGAGAAGAAGAGAGAGAGAACAGCUCCAAGAGCAGCAAAGAUCCAGCUGUCGUUUACGGUGGGAGAGACGGAGAAAAUGAGCGAGCAAGGAAGAGGGAGAAGGAAAGAGAGUGAGCGAGAGAGAGAGCUCCCUGUAGCCUCUGUAGUCUACAGAACAAGUGAAACAGACCUCUAAGGUUGUGGUCUCCCGGGCCUCUAUUCAGCUGGCAGGCCCCACAAGCGCCUCCCUAAACCAGCCAACUAACGCACGUCUGGAUGAAUAGGAAGUGACACGCGGGCUCCAGAUCACGCCCUCCUUUGAUCCCCCCCCCCCUUCCCCCGUCCCCCAAUGUGGUUUCCAGCACCUCUGAGAGGUCACACAGAUUAACCUCUUGUUUCCUGCAAUGGGCUUGUUUUCAAGUGAAAUGGAGGGUGAAAGCGGAAUCCGGUUCAAAUAAUCUGUAGACUUGGGGCUGUGAGCUAUGGGUUCUCGUGACCUUUGUCCUGAGGAGAUAAAACCAGUCAGUCAUCGCUGAAGCAGUUUUCCGGGAGAGUCUGGCAGACAUCUAAAGCUUUGAGAAACUGACUAUUUCCCUCCUAUUUUGUGCCUUAAACGUUGCCUUUGCUCAGUCUUUUCAACAAGAUAUAACUCAGAACAAACCGCAUCACUCUGAAAAGAUUUGUAUUUUGAGCCAAAAUGGCCGCAAUCUGGGUCCACUCUUGGAUGUUGACUGUGAUGCUUGUCCUUCCACAUGCCUGGGCUCAGAGUCUGGUUGGAGUGAACUCUGGUGUGCAGGUAACACGAGGCAGAUCUGUCUUUGUGACAGAGAAGGACCUGCUCCUCAACUUUGACCCCAUAACAGACUCCUGUAAAGUGGAAGUUGUUCUCAAUGAACCUGUGACCCAAAGAGCCGGGACUCUCUCUCCUCUGGUGUUUGACUGUCAUUUCCUGCCAGAUGAGGUGAAGUAUGUUCAUAAUGGCAGUCCUCUGCUUGAGGAGGAUACAGUCAUGCUCAGAGUCUACAGGUUCACCGACUCUGACACCUUCAUGGAGACAUUCCACCUCAGGGUGGUGGUGGUGGAGCCCACAGACAGCCUGGUGGAGCUGGGUUCCACACCUCUGGUGGUUCCCCUGUUCUACGGCCUGUCCAACGCCAUCGACGGCUCGGUUCUGACCAUCCGCAGUCGGCCCGACGUGGCCUGUACCGUCAGGCUGAUGACCUCAGAGACCAGCGCACCCUCGCUAGGCCAGCUGGUGACUGAGGAAGACUCACAUUCCCAGCAUGCACCUGGAUUACAGCAGCAUGACUCUGCGCAGAGAAGAGGCAGACAAACUGUCGUCCCCUGCCCAGGGAACAAGCCCUGUCUCCAUGGCACCAAGGAGGUGAGCUUCCUCAAGGCAGACUGUGCAGAGUUUCUGACCUCUGGUCUGAAGUACCAGCACCUCAGUCCUCCCUCCCCAGAGAUCGACUACAUCCCUCUCAGGGUGGAGCUGCGGGACCAGACCUCCAGGGCCCUGCUGGAGAUGGAGAGCGUGUGGCUGCCUGUGCUCAUCCACGGCGCCAUGCAGAACCAGCCCCCCAAGCCGGCCUUCAUGGCCUCCUUCAUCCUGGAGGUGGACCAGUUCAUCCUCACCCCGCUCACCACCGCCGCCCUGGACGCCAGCGACAACGAGACCCCCCAGGAGCAGCUGGUCUUCAACGUCACCUUGCCCCCCGCCGAGGGCUACCUCACCCACCUGGACGACCACACCAAGCCCAGCAGCUCCUUCACCUGGCAGGACCUCCACGAGAUGAGGGUGGCCUACCAGCCGCCAAACAGCAGCCACGCCGCCCGCAGGAACUACGAGGUUGAGUUCCAGGCGAUAGACGGAUCCUUCGUGGCCAGCCCACCUAUUGUGGUUCACUUCUCCAUCAGAGUAGCAGAGACCAACGCACCACGAGUCUCCUGGAACAUGGGGCUUGAUCUCUUGGAGGGUCAGUCUCGUCCAAUCACGUGGGAGGAUUUCCAGAUCGUGGACAAUGACAACCUUGAGGCGGUGUACCUGGUGGCUGUGGACGGACCCCUGCACGGACGCCUCAGCAUCAGAGGAGGAAAAGGCUUCAUGUUCCGGGUGCGCGAUCUGCGCGACAGGGUCGUGGUGUACCACCACUCGGACAGCGACACCACCCGCGACCACGUGGUCUUCCGCAUCAGCGACGGCCGUCACAGCAUCCGCCACAAGUUCCCCAUCAACAUCCUGCCCAAAGACGACACCCCGCCCUUCCUCAUCAACAACGUGGCGUUGGAGGUCCAGGAGGGAGGGGCCGUGCGGGUGGAGGAGUACAUGCUGUUGGCCUCGGACCUGGACUCCAGCGAUGACUACAUCCUGUAUCAGCUGGUGACCUUCCCGCGGGCUGGGGAGAUGGUGAGGAAGGUCAACCCUCUGAAGCCAGGCGUUCCUGUGCAGAGCUUCCUCCAGAAGGAUCUGUUCCAGGGCGUGAUCUACUACAGACACUCAGGGGACGAGAUGUUUGAGGACUCGUUUGACUUCACCCUGUCUGACGGCCACCAGCCCCCCAACCUCUCUCACAGACAUACCGUGGUGGUCCACGUGUUCCCGGUAAAGGACCAGCUGCCCACAGAGACGCCCGGCAGCGUCCGCUCUCUCACGGUUCCAGAGACCGACGUGGCGUACCUCACCCUGGCCCACCUCCACUUCACAGACACGGAGAGCCCAGACACCGACCUCUCCUUCUUCAUCACCCGGCCCUGCUUCAGCCCUGUGAGACCUGGGAUCCAAGAUGCAGGCAGACUUUUCUACACAGACAGCACCAACUCCAUGAAGAAAGACAAUAUCGUGCCUGUGUUGAAGUCCUUCACACAGCACGCUGUGAACCACAUGAAGGUAGCCUACAUGCCCCCGAUAGAAGACAUCGGGCCCGAGCCUCUCUCCGUCCAGUUCGUCUUCUCCGUGAGCGACCAUCACGGAGGCACCGUGGCAGGCCUGGUCUUCAACAUCACCGUCACCCCCGUGAACAACCUGGCUCCUGAGGCGUUCACUAACCUGCUGAGGGUGGAGGAGGGCGGCGGCUCCUUCCUGACGGAGGAGCACCUGUUGGCGAGGGACAGGGACAGUGUGAAGGGGGGGCUGAGGGUCGGGGUGCAGAGAACCCCUCUCCACGGCAGGAUGGAGCUGCAGGGGCGCGUUCUCCACCUGGGAGAUUCCUUCACCCUCCAGGAUCUGCGAGGGCUGAGGGUCAGAUACAUCCAUGAUGACUCAGAGACAGUGGAGGACACUGUCGGGCUGACAGUCACUGAUGGAGUCAACUCUGCUGAUGUAGUCCUACCAGUGCAGAUUCUACCCAUCAACGACGAACCCCCCCAGCUUGGCCCGGAGCUCCGCGGGGCCCUGGCCUGUGAGGAGGGGGGCCGUGUGCAGGUGACGACCGACUACCUGUCCGCCACGGACACCGACAGCGACGACGCCAGGCUCACGUACAUGCUGGCCCGGAGCCCCGGCCGAGGGGAGCUCCAGAGAGCAGGGGUCAGCGUGGAGAAGUUCUCCCAGCAGGACGUCAUCCAGGGCCUGAUCUACUACCUUCACACGGGAGGUGAGAUUGGACCCAAUCCCGUUUCCGACUCCGUGACUCUCAUCGUGUCCGACGGUGAGGCGGGAGGAACACACAGCUGCUGCCAUGGCGACGCCCCACCCCCACCUGUUCCGCUACAUGGGACACUUCCUGUUUACGACCUCAAUGUGACCGUGCUUCCUGUCAACAACAAACCGCCAGCCGUCGUCCUGGGCGAUGUGUUUGCGGUGGACGAGGGCUCGUCGGCCUGUCUGUGCGGGGGGUUCCUGGGGGCCACGGACCCCGACUCGGACCCAGAGCAGCUGGUCUUCCACCUGGAGUCCCAGCCGCUGCGGGGCUUCCUGGAGAACACCUUGCCCUCGCCUGGCUUUGAGAAGAGCAACGCGGGCACCAGAGUGGCCUCUUUCAGCCUGGUCCACCUGAUCUCCGGCCACAUCAACUACGUCCAAUCAGAGCACCGGGGGGUGGAGCCUACGGCCGACCAGUUCAGCCUCAGUGUGAGCGACGGCGUUCACAGGUCAAGCCCCGCCCCCUUCUACAUCAUCAUCCAGCCCACCAAUGACGAGAGCCCCUCCUUGGUGCUUGGUAACUUCACCGUCAAGGAAGGUGGGAUGAGGGAUCUGACUCCGGCCGUUCUGAACGCGUUCGACCUCGACUCGCCCGAGGACACGUUGACCUUCGCGGUGGCGGUCCCCCCGGCGCACGGCGCACUGCUCCACGCCAUCUACGGCAUGGACGCCAGCCGCUACGAGGACAUGGGCCCCAGGCUCCUCCGACAGAGCCUGCCCGUCACCUCCUUCACCAUGCGGGAGCUGAAGCAAGGGAUGAAGAUCGUGUACAUGCAUGACGACACGGAGACACUGCAGGACUGGUUCACGGUGCGGCUGACAGAUGGAGCUCACACAGUCCAGGGGACAGCCAGGGUCCUCGUCCUGCCGGCCAACGACGAGCCGCCCCGGCUGCUGAAGAACGCAGGUCUGGAGGUAGGCUGGAUGGAACAGAGGGUCAUCUCCAGCGUGGUCCUGGAGGCUGAGGACCUGGACACCCCCUCCAGCCAGGUGUGGUUCAUCCUCAACGCCAGCCCCAGGUUUGGCAAGCUGCAGCUGAAGACAGAGGCUGGUUGGACUGAUUUGGGUCCGGGUCAGAACUUCACCCAGGACGACGUGGAGCUGAACCGCCUGUGGUACACGCACACCACCAGUGCCGGGUUCAAAGGUCACGACAGCUUCCGCUUCGUCCUCAGCGACCUGGACAACGAGUCUCCUCAGCAGAGUUUCUUCAUCUCCGUCCGCACGGUGCAGAGGGGUGACCUCGUGCUGGUCACCAAGCCCGUGACCCUGAUGGAGGGCGAGAGGGUGGUCUUGACAACAGACAUCCUGCUGGCCAAUGACGGGGCUGGAAGACCGGAGGAGCUGUUGUACACGGUGCUGGCUCCUCCCACUCACGGCCUGGUGCACGGCGUGCAGCGUCCAGGGCUGGCCCUGAGCAGCUUCUCCCAGCUGGACGUGGCAGCACAGCGUGUGUGCUACACCCACGACAACAGCCACUCAGCCCCCACCGACUCCUUCAGUUUCGUGGUAACCAACGGCGACAGCUCCCGACGAGGCGCCUUACACUUCACCGUGGAGCACGGCGACCGCAUCCCCCCCACCCUCAUUCUCAACGCCGGCCUCCUGCUGGCGGCGCCGGGCGCCACUCACGCCAUCACCCCCGCCCACCUGCAGCUCAGCGACCCAGACACCCCCGCCGUGAACCUCACCUACACCGUCACCCAGCUGCCUCGCCACGGCAGGCUGCUCCUGGGGGGGUCCCCCCUCCUGCCCACCCGCCCGCGCUUCACCCAGGCUCAGGUGGACCGCGCGGAGCUGGCAUACCGGCACGAUGCUGGGAGCGCCGCCCACAUCGACCGCUUCCUCUUCCUGGCCUCCGACGGCACCAAUCAGGGUUACCUGGAGUACGGACAGCUGAGGGCGGAGCCAGCGGCCUUCACCAUCCAGGUGGAGCAGGUGGACAGGAGCCCCCCAGGCCUAGCGACCAAGCGGCCCCCCAGCACGGUGGAGAACCUGGGAGGGGGGAGCAGGCAGGGCAUCUACAUCACCUCCAGACACCUGCAGGCGUCCGACCCUGACAGCCCCGUCCAGGAGCUGGAGUACGUCAUCACCCGCCCUCCCCACUUCGGCUACCUGGAGAACGCCCUCACAGGAGGCUACAUCAAAGGACGCUUCACCCAGAGAGACGUGGACCAGCGUGCCGUCCUCUAUGUGGUCCCCGGGGACGUGGACGUGACCGGAGACAGCUUUGAGUUCCGCGUGACAGACCCAGCAGGAAACACCAUGCUGCCAGACAUACUGGAGAUGAGUUGGUCCCGCGUGGAGCUGUCGGCAGCGUGCUACCGUGUGUGUGAGAGCGCCGGCACCCUGCAGAUCCACAUCCAGCGCAGUGGGAGGAGCUCGGACCCUGCCUACGUCGCUAUCCAGGUGGAGGAUGGUUCUGCCAAAGCAGGCCGAGAUUUCACCCACAGCACAGCCAGUCUGAUCCAGUUUGAUCCAGGAGUCAGCCUGAAGACGUGGAACAUCUACCUGAGGGAGGACGGACUGGAGGAGAACCACGAGACCUUCAACGUGGUCCUGAAGGAACCAAAGAACGCUGUUCUGGGUCAGAGAAGUUCAGCCAGCGUGGAGAUUAUUGACCCCAGAGGAGGGAGUUGUGACCCUGACGAUCUGAAGGUUGAGGAGCACGAGAGACAGGCUCGCCCCCCAGCCCCUCCCCGCACCGCCGCCCCCCCUCCCCCCGGCCCCGCCCAGACAGACGAAGAAGGAGGGGACGGGGAGGAGGACCGACUGACGGACAUCCAGACGGAGCUCUUCUGGGAGAGCCGGCCUCACCCUCCCAGGGGCGACGUGCCCGACCGCAGGCCCUUCCUGGACCUCGAUGAGGGGCAGCCCCAGGACCAGGCGGCCCCCGGCUACGACUCCGUCCACAUGAGACCGUCCUCCUUCCACCCCCCCACCCUGGGUCACCAUCUCCCCGGUCGCCCCCUCAGGCUCCUGGGGAGCGGAGGCAGCGGCCACAGGGUCCAGUCAUCAGGAGCCGGGAGGAAGACCGAGGAGAAAGUCUGGACGUUCCAUAGUGUGACCGCUGUCAGAGGGGGGCCGUACCCUGAACCCGCCCCCCAGGUUCACCCUGACCUCCGGGUGACCCCUAUCUGGAGCUGGUCUGGCCGGGACGCGUUGCUACAUGACGUUCGAGCAGGGGACGACCCCCAGGUGGACUCCUCCUCCCCCAGGUCCCAGCGGGCAGGGCGCCAGCGCAAGGCAGGGAGGGUGGUCAGCAGCUCCUGUCCCAGUGGUUGGACUCACUACAGGAGGCAGUGCUUCCUGCUGAGUCCUGGUAUCGCCAGCUGGAACAGUGCCCAGAGAACCUGCACCCUGCUGUUUGACAGCAACCUCACAAGCGUCCACUCCAAAAAAGACAUGACUUGGCUCUGGAAAUUCGCUGGAAGGAAGCCAUUUUGGAUCGGUCUAUCGGGCGGGGCAGGAGAGUGGACGUGGGCGGACGCUAAACCCUUCUCCUUCUCCAAACUCGAGAAGAACCCACCUCGGGAGAACCAGGGAGCGGAGAACGUCUCCACCUGUGUGCUGGUUCAGAACACCAGAACAUGGACACCUACGAGCUGCAACAUGGACUCUGAACACAAAUACAUCUGUUCAUCUCCUGCACAGACUCUCUGAGGAACCUAGAAGAUGACCACACGCACAGGGCAAAGAAUAUACACACACCUCUAUCAACUUCUGUUAAAGUGUACUGUUUUACUGCUCUGUCAUGUCAUUGGGUGUGAGAGGGUUUGAAUGUUAGCAAACACCCUGAAGUGUUUCAGUGCAUUGGACAUGUUGGGCUUGGUUGGUUCGGAAGCCGCUUGCUCGAUAUCGCAAUAAAAACAUUUGAAAGUCCAAACGUUGUGAAUAAGCGGUCUCGGACAUGUUUCCUGAUGCUUCAGGUAAAAGC